AUGAACCAUCAAGUACCGCUUGCUCUACUGAUGCUUCUUCUGUGUGGUGCAGCCGUGGUCGAGGCCUACACCAACACCACACUCCAUUCGGGAAGUCAAGACCAUAACACCACCCAACUGGCCACGCUAAAACGCAAUAAACGUGUGGCCAUUUUCGAUGGUCCGGGGGUCUCGAAGUUUGUGUUCGGCGUUGCACAUCCUGCCAAGUUACCGGACAAAGAGCAAUCGUUUUGGUGGUUCUAUAUCAUGCAAUGGAUAUAUACCCCAACACCAAUCCCCAUAUACUGGUGGAGUUUUUGGAAUACCUCGACUUUUGUAAGCACGGCGCGCGAAUGGCGAAUGGACUUGCAAACAACAUUGCGUGAUGAAGCGCGCAGCUGGGUCUACGACAUCAUAGAGACAUCUUUGGAAAAUCUUGAUAGCAACAAGAAAGGCGCUACUUGUUUGCUGCGUGCCAUAUGCGAGGUAUCCCAAUUGCCAUUCGAGGAGCAUCACGUAUUCGGCGAACUACUCAAUGCAAUCCUGGUACCCAAAUUGGACAACGUUUCCGAAAAAUAUCUGCAUGCUCGCGAUGCGGGCCGCGCAGGAGCUGAUUGUUCGAGGAACUACGUCAGCUGCAGCCGUGAUCUCUGGCAUUGGAUACAAAAAAUGACGACUACAUCGUUUUGA